AUGGCUGCAUCUCCUUCCUCUGCUCACAAGCCUCACAUAGCCAUUUUCCCCUUCAUGUCCAAGGGCCACACCAUCCCUCUCCUCCAUUUAGCUCACCUCCUCCACCACCGCCGCCUUGCCUCUCUCAUCACCAUCUUCACCACUCCUCUCAACUCACCCUUCAUCCUCAACUUCCUCUCCGGCGUUGAACCAGACAUCAUUGAGCUCUCUUUCCCGGGCGACAUCCCUAAAGACCUCCCGCCCAAUAUUGAGAGCACUGACUGCCUCCCUUCCAUGCUUCUCUUCCUACCCUUCAUCCAAGCUGUCAAAAAACUCCAGCCACAAUUUGAGCAAGCCCUGAAAAACCUUCCGACCAUCAACCUCUUGAUCUCCGAUGGCUUUCUUGGGUGGUCCGGUGACUCCUCCGCCAAGUUCGGCAUCCCUAGAAUGGUCUUCAACGGCAUGGGAAACUUCGCCAUGACUAUCUCUCAUAUUGUAUCUAUAAACAAACCACACAAACAUGUCUCCUCCUAUGAUGAUCCCUUCACUGUCACCCCUUUCCCUCAUCUCAAACUCACCAAAGCUGACUUAAAUCCUCCCUUUGAUGAUCCUGAUCCUGAUCCAAAAGGCCCCCUUCACGAGUUUGUUAUGGAGCAAGGGAUAGCCACCAUGCAGAGCCAUGGCAUCAUAGUUAACAGCUUCUCGGAACUUGAUGAGAUUUAUCUACAUUAUUGGAACAAAAACAUUGGACCUAAAUCUUGGUAUGUUGGUCCUCUAUGCGUGAUGGAUGCUGAGCACCAUCAGCUUGCAUGCAUGCAAUGGUUGGACGCACGUUCCUUGUCCAACCGGCCGGUGCUGUACGUGGCCUUCGGUUCUCAGGCGAUUGUUGCACCGGCGCAGCUGCAAGAGAUCGCCGUUGCGUUGGAGAAGUCUGAGCAUGAUUUUCUCUGGGUGAUCAAAGAAAAUUAUUAUGAUGAUGUUCUUUUUGGGGAGUUUGAAGAGAAGGUUAAAGAUAGAGGAAUGGUUGUCCAUAAAUGGGUGGAUCAAAUGGAAAUUCUUAGCCAUGAAAGCGUCAAAGGAUUUAUGAGUCACUGUGGAUGGAACUCAGUGAUGGAGAGUGUGGUGGCCGGAGUUCCAAUGCUUGCAUGGCCGAUGAUGGCCGAGCAGCCUUUGAAUGCUAAGUUUGUUGUUGAAGAGAUGAAGAUUGGGUUGAGGAUUAGAACAAGAGGAAAGGAUAUUGAGAAUGAGGAGUUGAUUGGGAGGGAUCAUAUAGAAGAGAUGGUGAGGGAGUUGAUGGUAGGGGAAGGAGGGAAGGAGGUUGCAAGGAAUAUCAAGGUUUUGAGUGAGAAGGCAAGGUUGGCAAUGGAGUGUGGUGGUUCUUCUUGGACUUCUUUGGAGACUUUGGUUUCUCAAGUGUCUUCCGUUAAUACUGUUCCUUCUCAUUAA